CCUGCAGCAUUUAUUGAUAAUUCAAUACCAACAAAGUUAAAUAAAAAGAAGUUUAAGUUGUGGUUCAAGUGAAAGUUUGUAAAUUACUGCCGCAUUCCAAUCCGCAUUCAUGUUCUGCUACAAAUAACAAAGUUUAUCACUUAAUCACUGAAAAAAUGAUUCUGUAACGCAACAAAGUGAAAUCAUAGUUCGACCAUGGAUGUAUCUGACGAAAAGAAAGACGACCUAGCCUCUAAAUUACUGUGCAAUGGGUGCCUGUGCAUGGGGCGGUCUUUACACAAAAUUACUGAGGAGAAACUGGUCAGGUUCUACAGGGAUGCCUUGCGGGAGAUUCCAUCUGAGAUGGGUUGUGAGCAAACAGAAUUCCCUAAUGUGUGCUGGGAGUGCAAGGCGUCCUUAAAGAAAGCUGCUACAUUCAAAGAGCAGGUUCAGGACUGCCAAAGGAUCCUCCAGGCUUAUACUAAUGAGAGUCUCCGAGAAUGCCUUGUAAGUGACAUCGUCAGAUCGUCACGGCUUCAUCUACACCACAACACUCCCAUAUCGAUCGAGCCAGUGACCCAGAUGAUAGAAAUACCAUCCAGUCCGCAGCGAGACAGACUAGACACCGAAGAAUGCGUUUUCUUCAAAACCGAACUAAAAGUAGAAUACUCAGGAGCAGUUAGAGGUAAGAUAGCCAACUCGAUCGAGCUGCGCACCUCACUGGAAUGCGACUAA